AUGGACCCAGGGCUGCAGCAGGCACUCCAGCGAGGGCCCCCUUCCGCAGAGGCGGCCAUGCACGUGCCCGCGGGCCCUGCAGCCGGCCCCUGGGGACCCAGGAGCCGCAGCUACUUCUGCUUCACCACAACCUUGCUGGCUCUGUGCCUUGUCUUCACCGUGGCAACCUUCAUGGUACUGGUCGUUCGCAGAGCGGACUCCAUUCCCAACCCACCUGACAACUUCCCCCUUAAAGGAGGAAACUGCUCCGAAGACCUCUUAUGCAUCCUUAAAAGGGCCCCAUUCAAGAAGUCAUGGGCGUACCUCCAAGUGUCCAAGCAUCUCAACAGCACCAGGUUGUCUUGGAACAAAGAUGGCAUUGUCCAUGGAGUCACAUACCAUGACGGGAAGCUGGUGAUCCAGUUCCCAGGUUGGUACUUCAUCAUUUGCCAACUGCAGUUUCUUGUGCAAUGUUCAAACCAUUCAGUAGACCUGAAGUUGGAGCUUCUCGUCAACAAAGAGGUCAAAAGACAAGCCCUGGUGACAGUAUGUGAAUCUGGACUGCCAACCAAAGAGAUAUACCAGAAUCUCUCUCAAUUCUUGUUGGAUUACUUGCAGGUCAAUGCCACCAUAUCAGUGAUGGUAGACAAAUUCCAGUAUGUGGAUACCAACACCUUUCCUCUUGAAAAUGUGCUGUCCAUCUUCUUAUAUAGCAGUUAAGAGCAAACGGUUCUCUUGGCCUUCAGGAAGAAAACAACUCUCUAUCAUACAGUAUUUUAUCUACCCAAAUACUUGGGCAAACAAAACUUUUAGACCAACUCUGAAACUGCAUGUUAAAUUGCACAUUUCUCCUUCUAU